AUGAUCCAGAUGGAGAAGAUCAUGAUAGCGGAGAAGCUGCAGCUGCCUCAGGUCCAACGCGUUGGAUUCCUCAAUGCGACGACCAAUGUCGAGACCUGUUGCGAAGACGAGCUGUUCUCCAUCGAUACCGUAGAACACCUGCUCAUCUUCCAGAUCCAUAUCAAAGUCCUCAUCGCUCGAAGGGAGCUCCAUCGUCUCCGUGAUCAUGUCCGGAGUCGUCAGCAGCUUGCGGACAAACCUCUUACCCAUCCUUGCGGCGAGCUGCUGGUGUCGAUUUCGCGCCUGCACUCGGAGAAGAUGCCCAAGAUCACUUGCGCGCCUAUGCUUGGCGGUUCUUGCAUGCUCCUGGAGUUGGUCUCGACGCUGAUACCGAGUCAAGCUUCCUCCUCCACGAGACAUCUCCCAUGGGUACCAGGGGGGUUAAACUCAAAGUCUGGAGGAGACGUUAGACUUUGGAAGCAGACCGGGUCAUACAAGAGAGAAAUAACGAAUCAAAAUGGACCGAAGAGCACCAGGGACUUUGAUAGCAAGUUUCCCAUGCAUAUCAUUCUGAACAUCAACAAGGUGGACAUCAAGCUGCAGAGAUUGAAAAUGCAUACCUAUGAGGUGGAAAGAGACAAUGCCAAGUCAGCUGAAGAGGAUAUCCAUUACACCCUGAAGGGUGCAUAUGGUUGGUUGUCUGCCAGUGUGGACUGCUCUGACAGGGGCCAAGAAGAAGUGUACUCCAAAGCCAACGAGGAUGAAGUCUACAAGUGCCAGCAUGAGUGUUGGGCCCAGCAAGAUGGUGAGAAGUGCUGCAAGGCAAUGAUCAAGAUCUGUGUUGGCGUGGGCAAUAUAGGUUGCAUGGUCUGUGAUUACUGUCUCAACAAUAUGGGCUACUGCUUGGGCUGCUGCCACAGCAUCAAGAAGACAAUUGGGCAUACAUUCAAGCUGAAGUCUUGUGGGUGCACCACAGGGGGCUGGGUCUGCCUCCUGGUCUUCUUCAGCAUCAUCUUGACUGCCAUGAUCUUCUACUCUCACUCUGGGGGAGCCAGCAUCUGGGCUCAUGAAGGCAUUGAUGCAAUGUUCCCAAUGAAGACUGCUGCCUCUGGUCCUGCCACUCCCACCAUGCCAACUGGUGCCCCCAACUCCACUGACACUGCCACCAACAAGACCACAUAG